UAUCACCGGCCCAUCCUCCUCCCCCCUCCUUCCUUCCCAAAAGGUGGGAGAGAGAGAGAGAGAGAGACUUUUUCUUCCACUCUGUAGAUCUGUUCCCUCUAUAGGGAGGAGGAGGAGGGGAAGGAUGCUGCAGGAUCAGACUACCAGCUCACUUCCUUCGAGCAGCGAGAGGUCCUCGAGUUCUGCCCCCCAGAUGGAAGUCAAAGAAGGAAUGGAGAGCGACGAGGAGAUCAGGAGAGUGCCGGAAUUCGGGUUCGAGCCGACCGGUACAUCGACCUCCGGCAGAGAGGCCGGCUCGACGGCUGGUCCGGACCGGGCCCAGUCUGCCGCCCAGGGCGGCCAGCGGCGGCGAGGGAGGAGCCCGGCCGACAAGGAGCACAAGCGGCUGAAGAGGCUGCUGAGGAAUAGAGUGUCAGCCCAGCAAGCCAGGGAGAGGAAGAAGGCUUACCUUAAUGAUUUGGAGGCCAAGGUGAAGGAUUUGGAGGCCAAGAACUCAGAACUGGAGGAGAGGAUGUCCACAUUGCAGAAUGAGAACAACAUGCUGAGACAAAUCUUGAAAAAUACUACGGUUAGCAGGAGAGGAUCCAACAGCAGUGCCAAUGGAGAAGGUCAGUAGGAGAAUGAUCCAAGCAAGACACAUGCUGUCUCCCAUUAACAAGUCUCAUUAGUAUUUUGUGGUGAAAGGGUUCAGAAAUGACCAAGAAAAGGAAAGGCAUCUAUGAUUGGAUGUGUUGUGGAAUUUGUAUCAAGUAACAGCUUUUGUACAUUAUUUUUCAGUGUUUUAUUCUGAGAUUAGUAAGAAAGUGAAUUGUAAUGCUGUGGAAUUUGAUUUGCUUUAUGAGUUUUUGUGCCCCUCA